UAUUGUAUGCUCCGCCAUUUCAAACACGGCGGCCUGUGUACGUAUCGAGCUCCGAGAUUUCAGUGGAUUCUACCUUCCGAAGGCUACAUUGUUCUCCAGGAUUACGUCUAGUUCGUGUUCAUUACCUACUGUGUGCAAUGCGGGUUUAAUAUUUGUGUAUCAGGUCCUGUGGAAUUGUGGAGAUUUCGAUGGAGACCGCGGUCGAGACCAAGAAACACCAGCGAUUCACGAAACGCCGGGAGAGGAAGACUACCGCGGACGGUAGUGGAGAUGAGAUGGACGACUCGCCGUCUCGGCCGAGCAAAGACAAACGCUCGAAGCCCAGACGUAAGAAACACAACAUGAUAUGCGAGGAAGAUAUUAUAGACGGAUUUGCUAUUAUAAGUUUCAAAACCUUCGAGGAUCUUGAGAAUGCUGUGAAGAACUCUAUUAACCUCAAUGACAAGACAGACUUGUGCAACUCACAGAAUAAAGAACGGGAUAAAGAGAAAAAUAAUCGUGUGAAGAAGAAACGAGAGAAAAAAUCACAGAAAAUCAGUCCACAUUCUCCAACAUUGCCAGGCAAACCUUACGAGGAUCCAUUGGGUAGUCCGCGGAGUGACCAGACAGUGGUACUUGACCACAACCUCAACGGUCCAAACCACACCUCACAGGACGUGCUUAGUGAUGCGAGCUCACAUUCCAGUUCAGGCAGAGGCUACUUGUGUGACAGCGAAAGCGGGGACGAUCGGGCUUCUGAUGCAAGCUCUGAUAUCUUCACCACAGUCAACACUGUAAACCGCAGUCGAGAAUGUAUAGUGACCAACAACACAAGUACACCUACAGUAUGCAGCAGCCCGUGCCCUGCGGGGAUCACGACGACCCCUUCCCUCAGUAGUCCUGCCACCACUGCAACCACCACUGCUGCGCCCACCACCACCAGUGCAUUAACAGUCUCGGCCACCACCACCUGUGGUACUAUCACCACUUCCUGUAGUCCCGUAUCCGUGGCGGCUCCCAUUACCACACCAUCUGUGAUAUCUAGUGGACCGCGAACAGCGCCACCUACAGCACCUCCCGCCAAACGCCCGACUCUUCCACCUUCAUCGCCAACAAGCUCGCAUCCUGCUCUGACAGCAUCUCGACCACCAAGCAGGACCGCACAAAUCCAUAACCGAGAGAACAGGAAGAGUAGUUCCCCUUUACCCCCUCCUCGGCCCCUUGCCAACAAGAGGGAGGAGCACCGCGAAAAAGACCCACAACUCCCCUCAAGUCUACCGUUUUCCAAGUCCAGGACAAGUGCCAACAGUUCUGGUCAUCACCGGUACAGCCCCCAAAUCUCGCCUAGUGCGAGUAUACCCCCUUACCCUUUACAUUCCACUCCUAACCACACGCCAACAUUUCCUCCCCACCACCCCCAACUGCCCCCUCAUCCCCCCUCCGCCCACACCCCCGGGCAUCCGCCCCACAGUAUGUUUGCACCCCCACUGCCGCCAGGACCAGCCGGGGCUUCUUUGACAUCAGGCUCAUUGAGCGGAGCAUCCGCAGUCAGUCUGUCAUCUCACUCACCAAGUGAUUCCAUGUCAUAUGCUAACCAGGAAAUUUUACGAGAAGAGCUGAAUCGUCGCUUCCUUGCCACACAGGAUCGUCCCGUACCCUCAAUAGGCGGGGCUCACCCCUUCAUCCGUUCAGACGUCCAUCAGCACCAACAUCAACAUAUGCAUCAACAUCAACACACCCACCAACACAUGUAUCCAAUACACAUCCCCGGGUCCUUGGGCCCACCUCCAGCCCCAUUGCUGUACGAGAAGGUGCCAAAGUUAGACUCCCCAUUUUACCGGCCCCAGAUCCCAGGCCUGCAAACCUACCCCACUGGGAUGUCGCCCCUAAUGCCUCCAGCUGGGCCAGGACCCCUCAACUCUGGACUUAACUCCGGGAUACCAGGGGCAUUCCAACCCAAGCGUGUAUCCUCAAGCCUCCACCCAGCCCAGAUGAUGCUAGCAUCUCUUCGAGACCGAGACAAGGCAAACCCAACCCCAGGGGGAGGUCUACCUGCCCAAAAAAAGUCAGGAAAGUGGUGUGCUGUCCACGUAAGGAUUGCGUGGGAAAUCUACCAACACCAACAAAGGCAGUCUGAUACCCAGAAAGGGCAAUCUGAAGGCAAAAAUGUGGAGCCACUGCGGCCCCCAAGUCAUCUACUUCUAGGCAGCAGUGUCCACAAAGGUCCAGAACUGGGCCCCACUCCCGGCUUAAUGGGACCAGGUGGCCCAAGAAGUAUACUGGAAAGUAGUGGACAUGCCGGUCUCAUAGGACAAAAUGCAAUAAACAUGACGCCGUUCCCUCGGCCGUCGGCCUACUCCGCUCUACCUGGCGGAUUUAGUGGGUUUGGUGGCCUCGGUAAGAAGUCUCUGUCACCCUUUCGGGCUCCAUUCAGCAGUGGGCGAGACGUACCUACUGUGCACGGCAUGACCCCUCCUCCUCACGAGUGGGGGAAUCGUCUUCACCGUACGCCCCCAUCGUUUCCCACCCCCUGGCCAAAACAGAUGGAGGAGCGAGAGAAAGAGGAAAGGGAACGGGAAAAGGAAAGAGACUUAGAGAGAGAACGGGAAAAGGAAAGAGAAAAGCGUGAUUACAUUGGCCUCGACAGGAGAAGAGAGGAUGACAGGGAAAGGGAGAGACGAAACAGUGAGAGACUACAGAUUAACUGUCUAACGGACAGAAGCCGUGACAGGGAUAAAAUCUUCCCAACAGAAUCGGUGCGACCAGCAAGGUCAAGAUCACGCUCAAGGUCACCUCUACAAAACGGACGUGUAGGUUCUGCAAAAUCUGACAGUAGUUUUGAACGUAGGUUUGAUGACCGAGGUGGUUUGAAAAUUAAGGAGGAAAGAAGGGAUGAGGAUAUGCUUCAUGGAGAAAGAGACAAGAUAAGGAAUGAGUAUAUGUUGGGACCGUCUAUGCCAAACCCCAAUAAUCCACUGGCCAUGUUUGAUCGUAGUCGUUUGUUCAUGGGUGCGUCCCCAUUCCUGGCAGCUGAUCGUGUGCCCUCACACCCUCUGUGGCAGUACGAAAAAAAUGCUAUGGAGUUCAACCAUCGCAUGCAGCUACAACAGGAGAUGGAGCGUGAGAGACUCAUUCAUCGUAUCCCUUCACAUGCCACGUCUCUACAGGAGAUGGAGCAGGAACGUAUGCGGAAGGAGGAACUUCUUUUCCAGGAUGAACGCUUCCGCCGGGACUACCUCUCAAGUAUGCCUAUGUAUGAGCGUGAACGGCUGGCAGCAUAUGAACAGCAAUCGCGGUUUUCUGGGUUACGGACAGCUGAACUAGGGGCAACUUCUCAUUUUAAUAGGACUCUGAGCCCAAUGGUGAACCAUGCUGGAGCACGGACUACUUUAAGCCCAAUGGUAAACCACAUCGGUGCCAGAACUAUGAGCCCAAUGGUAAAUCAUGUGGGUGUGAAGGGGAGUUCUCCAGCUUGUGCCCCUCCUCCCCUGAUCCCCUCCUCUAGUGCUGCCUCACAUAGUCACUCUAACUCCCCUGCUGUGGCCAAGGCUAAGGGUCACCAUGGUGAACCCGGCCUUGGGGACAAACGGGAUACUUACUCCAACUCCACAGACCCAGAAUCCCACAGUAGGUAGUGAGACGCGGCAGACAUAAGCGUACUUGUGAUUAUAGUUAUAUUAGGCAGCUCAGAUACAGGACAACAAGACUGGCUACAGGCCAGUGCCAAGAUUCUGGCUAGGAAUCAAAUACAUUUCAGACUUAGUGGUAGUCAAUGAAACAACCGGUUGAAAGUGCAAAUUGAGAGUUGGAAAACAGUGCUAAUAUAACCAAUAACAUAGAAAACCGUGCUGGAUGAUGAUUUAUGAUCGUGUAUCCUGCCGUACGAAAGGAGUUACUGCUCUGUGCAUAUUGAGAAAGUGAUAAAAUAUUUCAAAUGCUUGUUUGAUGUAUUUUGAUGGAAUUUCUCUAGUUUCCAUGGAUUAUGACAAGGAUACAUACAGAUAAUGCAGUGAAAUUUUGAAAUAUUAAAAA